AUGAGCUGGCAACUGCUUCACUUCUUUCUCCAGGACGAUGUCGACGCCUUCUCCCGUCUGCUGGCCAGCGCCACGUUCGCCGCUGCAUCUCCCCACACACAUAAGAAUAGUUCCGCCGUCGUGACGGGCACCUCUCACUCCUACGGCUCGCCGAGUGCGGUUUCGAAACACAGAAAGUCGUCAUCGGGUGCGGGUGCGGGUGCGUUUUCGUUUUCGCCAGCAGAGAAGGCUGGCUUGGCCAAUACGACGCUGACACGGAAUGAUAUCAAUGCCAGAGACAGGCAUGGGAGGACGUUGAUGCAUCUCAUCGCCUCGUCAGAGAAGAAGAGCGCGUAUGGCUUUGCGUGUGCGUUGCUGGCCGUUCCAGGCCCGUUUCUGGACAUAUACCUGCAGGAUGCAGAGAGCGGGUGGACCUCCUUGCAUCGUGCGUUGUAUGCUGGGAAUAUAUCCGUUGCACAGGCCAUUAUGGAUAAAGAUAGCAGUGGUAGCGGUGGUCUGAUUAAGAUUAAAGACCGUGAAGGGAACAGUCCGUUUGAGGUCUUCAGUUCAACUGUCAUCUAUGAUGCCGCUACGGAGACGGAUAAGGGGCAAGACGACGAUGAAGAUGAUGAGAGUGCGGUCAGUGGUGAAGACGAGGUUGGAGAGCAGUACGGAAUAACCAAGUCUAUUGCUCCACGGGUCAGUCUGGACGGUGACGAGCUGUUUACCUUUGGAAGCAACAAGAACCUCUCUCUGGGCGUCGGGGAUGGUGACGACCGCCAGUUUCCCGAACGUAUCACCUUGCCACGACCGGAUGCCUUGAUACAACGCUUUUACGAGGAAAAGUACGAGGAUGCAGCUCUAGAGUACGAACCGGCCGGUGAUCUCCCGUUCCUUGUCCGCUCUACCCCCUUGAUCGUGCAAGAUGUGGUCAUGUCCAAGCUACACACAGCCAUCCUCACCACCGAUCCCUGCAGUAAUCUAUACAUGUGCGGAUUCGGGCCCGGUGGACGUCUCGGAACCGGCCACGAGGGAACAUCCUUUAGUCCCGUGUGCAUAGACACGGGGGCCAUCGCGGGCAAACGCAUCACCACCGUCGCCCUGGGGUUGGACCACACCAUCGCCGUCUCGGACCAGGGUGAAGUGUUUUCCUGGGGCAGCAACAAGCAUGGCCAGCUAGGCUAUACAUUGCCCAAACCCAAGCCUACUGCCGGUAACUCGGCCAACGACAUACCCACCCAGCUCUCCCCGCGCCAGAUCUUUAACCCAUUCAAACGUGACCGCAUCCUUGGUGCAGCCGCCUCUCCCAUCCACUCUGUCGUCUUUACUUCUUCUGCGCUAUACACCUUCGGCCGCAACGAUGGCCAGUUGGGCCUCAUGGACGCGGACGCACGCUCUCUUACUUCUCAGCCUAUCCCACGAAAAGUGGGAGCAUCUUUAUUCAACGUAUCCAUAUCUUCAGUUUCUGCCAUCGAACGUGCUACUGUCGUGUUGCUGGAGAAUCAUGAGGUCUGGGUGUUUACGCACUACGGGUAUUCGAAGCUUAUAUUUCCCCUAACCGGCCCUGUGUCGAGUUUUAUUCGGAGCAGCUUCAUGGCCGCACGCUACGGUGGCGGAGUGAGCUACGUCACGAAGGCACGGGCUGGUGGGAACACGAUAUGUGCACUUUCAAGUGGAGGAGAGGUCUUUACCGUCUCUGUCCCUGACCGAAGAGACGAAGACCGAGAUCGAGAGAACAGAUCAACUUCAACAUCGACUACCAACCCAGCGAAGAUCCGCAAUUCAUUACCCCAACCCACUCGUGCCUGGGCUGUUAAGAAAAGCCACAUGGCCGUUCGUGACGUCGAUGUCGGCCAGGACGGAUCCAUCAUUAUCUGUACCCAAGCGGGAUCCGCUUGGUUGAAGGAACGCAGGGCAGGUAUCAAAUCUACAUCUGCAGGAGUCGCUGGUGGGAAAGAAUAUAAAUUCGUUAGAGUGACUAGUAUCUCCCGUGCUGUGGGGGUGCGGAGUAACGCCUUUGGAGCCUAUGCUGUCAUUCAGCGUAGCUGUGAUGUGGCUAGGCGGAGCGUGGUGGUUGGUGAACAGCGGCUGUGGGCUGAUAUUCGACCCCUGAUGCCGUUCGAGGGGAUGCUGGAGGUCACUGGUGAGGGGCUAGGAAGGGUUGAUAUCCGCACGUCUGCACUACAUACUUCAAAUCAGCAUGAGGAUGCUGAUGUUGACGUUGAUGCCGAUAUCGAUGUUGAAAAGGAAUUGAACACCCUCCUAGACUCUCAACGGGCUUCCCAAUCACUCUCUAGUCCAUCUAUAGCAUGGCUCUCUACUACAUCCAGCGACACACGCAUUCCCGUACACGAGUUCACGCUCUCAGCUCGCAGCCCCAUAUUGCGGAAUGCCCUCUCUACCUUCCGCAAGGAAUACUACUUCACUCUCCCCGGCAUAAUGUCCAUCGAAUAUGACAAGGCAGGCCAAGUGCAUCUCCUCUUCACCAACUUCUCCUUCCUAUCCCUCUUCAACCUAGCCAUAUAUCUAUACACAGACAGGCUAUAUGACAUCUGGAUCAGGCACCGGCAUGAUAAGAAGCAGACAAAUGCAACUGUAUAUCGCCAAAUACGCGCAGACGUAAUCAAAUUAGCAACUGCUCUAGAAAUGCCGGCCCUCGAACGUGCGACAAGAAUAAUGAUUCAGCCGUCACCAAGUUUACACCAUGACAUGGCCGCCGCUAUCCAAGACACGUCCAAUUCUUCGUCAUCAUCCUCCUUCUUCGACACUGCUGAUGUUCUCCUCGAGCUCGAGGGUGGCACAGAGGUAAAAGCCCACAGCCAUGUCUUAUAUAACCGAUGUGCGUUUUUCGAUGGCCUCUUUCGGGGCCGUGCAGGUGGUCGAUGGCUCCAUCAUAGGCUUGCCGGCCAGGAACGAGAAGCCCCUGAGCUCAUACGCGUUGACCUGUCACACAUCGACCCUAAAGUAUGGGGCUUUGUGAUGCGAUAUGUAUACGCUGAUGUCGACGAGGAGCUGUUCGAUGACGUGCGAGUUGCUGAUGGCGAGGCAUUCAUGGACAUAGUCAUUGACGUGCUGAGUGUCGCGAAUGAGUUGAUGGUUGAUCGGUUGGCGCAGAUAUGCCAGCAGAGAUUGAGCAUGUUCGUAACGACACAUAAUGUGUGUCAGCUUCUCAAUGCCGUGAUGCCGUGUUCCGUGACGGAGUUCAAGCAUGCAGCGUUGGAAUUUAUUUGUCUUAAUCUUGAGAUCAUGCUGGAGAAUAGACUGCUCGACGACCUUGACCCGGACUUGCUAUCGGAACUCGAUCAAAUCUGCCAGGAGAAUCAGCUCACCUCCCAGCCUAUCUCACGCGGGCGUAAUGCUGAAUCAUUCCUCACCCAACGAUACCCGGAAGUCAUCUCGCUCGUGGAACAGGAUAAACGACGCCGUAUAGAUGCAAUGAAGCUUCGCUCGCACUUACAUGAGGAUGAGGUGCGUGACACGCAUCUACGGCCCGGGAGUCUUGAAAGGGAUAAGGCCUCUCUGUCUCCUUUGGCACGCCGAGGGAAACAAGUAGGCAUCGUCACACCACCGUCGGAUAGACUAGGCGUUGAAGCAAGCCCUACACUUGUUCCAAAGAGAUCAGUAGGUGACCUUAUCUUCCAAAUGGACGACGAGCCAUCCCUUCACCCCGAAAGUCGUCGGGGAGAUAGCUCUAGACAAACUCCAGCGGGUAGCUCUCGUGGCUCGCCGCGAACCCAACCUCAUUCCCAGGCUCCUGGCUCCGGUCCUGGUCUGGGUUUGGAUCUAGGACCAGCUACUUUCCCCCAACUGUCCGCAAAGUCGUCAUACGCAGGCCUUCGCGCCCCCGGAGGCGCAGCUGUACCACAGACAAUACCCCGUCAGCCAUCCUCCCGCGAUUUUAACAAUAGCACUACCCCGAAUUCUCCACCGCCCAAAGCCCCCUGGUGCUCAAUCACACCCACAAAAACACGAGCAGGCCUCAGAGAUAUUAUGGCCGAAACGAAUAAUCCCCACACCCCGCCUGCUCGUGUCGAGGGCCUUUCCCGCGCGGAACUAGAAGCAACACGGAACUUCUCGCCAAAGUUAUCCCAGAAGGAACGCAAGAAGCUUAAGCAGCAGCAGAUGGCUGCUGAGCAAGAACCAGCCAAACCUGGUACUAGCACUUCGUCGAUAUGGCAAAUUGCUCAAUCGCCGAAGCUUAAGCCGACCAAAGUUGAGGUUGAAAUAGCUACGCCAACACCAGCGCGCGCCACGCCAAAGACGCCUCUAACCCUCCGCCAAACAGUUGCGGGUUCAGGUACUGUCUCUGGCUCGGCAUCUCCGCAGAUGAAGCCGACGUAUCCAAAAACACCCCCCCGUGCGCCUGCACCCAAGCCAAUGCAACUCAGCACGCCUAUAAUAAGAACCUCAGUGUCGACCUCUGCUUCUGGCCCUGGCCCCGGCACAUCGCAAAUCUCCCUCGCCACAAUUCUCCUACAGCAACAGACUGAAAAGGAUGAAAUCCACGAAGCCGCCACGGCGAAACAUAAUCUGCACGAUAUCCAAGUUGAACAAGAGUUCCAAGAAUGGUGGGACCAAGAGACUCAGCGUGUGAUGCAGGAGGAGCAAGCUGCGGAAGCCAAAGCGAAGAUGGAGGCAGAGAAAGUGAAGAGUAGGAAAACUAGUUCAACUAGGGGAGGCGGGAGAGGUAGAGGAAGAGGAGGGCAGCAGGCGCGCCAACACGUUCCGCGAGAUGGUGAAGGACUGACAGGUGUAUCAUCUUCUAAACAGGUUGGUGCAGAUGCCUCAGCCGGUGGAAAACCGAGUGAUCAUCCACCUCCACAGAAACGAGCUCCACCUUCUCAUGCUGACGAUAGGAAGCGACACAGUGACCGUGGCCGAGGCCGACAUAGAGGUGGCCCAGCACGAGGUGGCGGAGGGGUUGCUAGCACACAAAACGUUUCAUAA